CCGGGCGGGGGGCGCUGAGCGGGGCCGCUCCGCUGCCCGGGGCCCCCCGCGCCCCCAUGGAAUCCGACGUGGACUACGAGCGCCCCAAUGUCGAGACCAUCAAGUGCGUCGUGGUGGGCGACAACGCGGUGGGCAAGACGCGGCUGAUCUGCGCCCGUGCCUGCAACGCCACGCUGAGCCAGUACCGGCUGCUGGCCACACACGUGCCCACCGUAUGGGCCAUCGACCAGUACCGCGUCUGCCAGGAGGUGCUGGAGCGCUCUCGGGAUGUCGUGGACGAGGUCAGCGUCUCCCUGCGCCUCUGGGACACCUUCGGGGACCAUCACAAGGACCGGCGCUUCGCCUAUGGCAGGUCGGACGUGGUGGUGCUCUGCUUCUCGCUGGCAAACCCCAACUCGCUGCGGCACGUGAAGACCAUGUGGUACCCCGAGAUCAAGCACUUCUGCCCCCGCACCCCCAUCGUGCUGGUGGGCUGCCAGCUGGACCUGCGCUACGCCGACCUGGACGCCGUCAACCGCGCGCGCCGGCCUCUGGCCAAGCCCAUCAAACCCUCGGACAUCCUGCCACCAGAACGAGGGCACGAGGUGGCCCAGGAGCUGGGGGUGCCGUACUACGAGACCAGCGUGGUGGCCCAGUUCGGGGUCAAGGACGUGUUUGACAACGCCAUCCGCGCCGCGCUCGUGUCCCGCCGCCACCUGCAGUUCUGGAAGUCGCACCUGCGCAAGAUGCAGCGCCCGCUGCUGCAGGCGCCCUUCCUGCCCCCCAAGCCCCCCCCACCCCUCAUCCAGGUGCCCGACGCUCUCCCCGGCCUGGGGGGGGGCCCGGCCGCGCUGUUCCAAGCCCCGCUUUGCGCCGACGUCGUCUUCCAGCUGCAGGACGGCCACCGCGUCUUCGCCCACCGCGUCUACCUGGCCACCGCCUGCUCCCGCUUCUACGACCUCUUCACGCUGGAGGGGCCACCCGAGACCCUCAGCGAAGGGGACGGGGGGACCCGUGACCUGUCAUCGUGGGGUCGUGGCUUCCUGAGCCUGCGCUGGGAGCUGGUGGCCGACCCGGUGGCGGGGAGGGAGCGGAGGAUGGCGGUGGUGGCCAUGGACCGGGGCGUGCGGCCGGAGCCGCUGCGUGCCGUGCUGGAAUAUUUGUACACGGGGAAGCUGGAGCGGCCCCACGGUGACCUGCGGCAGGUGGGCGCCGUGGCCGAGCUGCUGGAGGUGUUCGACCUGCGCAUGAUGGUGGCCAACGAGCUCAACCAGGAGAGCUUCAUGAACCAGGAGAUCACCAAGGCCUUCCACGUGCGCCGCGCCAACCGCGUCAAGGAGUGUCUGGCCAAGGGUGUCUUUGCAGACGUGGUGUUCCGUGUGGAUGACGGGGCAGUGCCGGCGCACAAACCGCUGCUCAUCGCUGGCUGUGACUGGAUGAGGGCCAUGUUCCGAGGGGGCUUCCGCGAGAGCUACGCUGAUGAGGUGUCCCUGCCAGGCACCAACUGCGCCUGCCUCCGCGCCGUCCUCGAUUUCCUCUACACGGGGGUCUUCACCCCCACGCCCGACCUGGAUGCCAUGGAGCUGCUCAUCCUCACGGACCGGCUGUGCCUGCCGCGGCUGCAGGCGCUCACCGAGCAAUACGCCGUGGACGAGCUGCUCCGAGCCUUCAUGCAGCGCGUGGAGAUCGACGAGCAGGUCAUCAUCUACCUGGAGAUGACGCAGUUCCACAACGCCCGGCAAUUGGCCGCGUGGUGCCUGCACUACAUCUGCACCAACUACAACCGCGUGUGCCGCCGCUUCCCCCGCGAGAUGAAGUUCAUGUCCCCAGAGAACCAGGCGCACUUCGAGCGGCACCGCUGGCCGCCGGUGUGGUACCUGAAGGAGGAGGAUCUGUACCUGCGCUCCAAGAAGGAGCGGGAGCGCGAGGAGCAGCUGCAGCGCAAGCAGCACCCCCGCAGCAAGUGGUGCUUCUGGCGACCCUCGCCCCCCGUGUCCUGAGCGGGGGGGGAGAGGGGAGGGGACCCCCGAGUGGGGCUGGGGGUUUG